AUGAACUUAGACCCUUUGGAUUGUAUUGAUCAACCAAGUCGGAAUUCUGUUGAAGAGGAACCUGACAGACUUGGCCAACCUGGAACAACCAUACAAGCUAUCCCUGUAAAAGUGCCUGCUGUCAAUAAUACAAACGAACUAACGAACCAAGUAUCUGAAUUCGAAAAUCAAAAUCAACUCCAACCAAAAAAGCUUAUUAGGAAACGUAAAGGAGACCCAAGUGAAUGGAGAGAUAAUAAGAACAAGAAACUUAAAAAUCCAGGCCAAGCAUAUGAAGGCAGAAGUAGACAGCGUCGGCAGAAACAGGUGUCCAAAACAACUGAAAGUAUUGAAUUAAAGCCAGCAUACGACAAGCCCCUCCCUAUUAAAAAAGCUUUGUUUAAUGAUCUCCUAAGCCUGUGUAACUCCCAAGCAAUUCCCCACCAUUAUCAACCAUUUUAUAGGAACUUAAGCUUUUGUGAUACUGAAUCAGGUCACGAUGAGGAUUCUGAUUAA